UUGUCAUGGAUACACCAGAUUCCUGUGCGAACACUGUGACAAGUUCACCGUGAGGACUAAAUGCAGGCAGGCGGUCUUUUAAUAUGUCUAAAAAUACUUGUUUAUGGAUAUUAUGGAUGUACACACCUGUGAUCGCACUCAAAUGUGUUCACAUCAGAUCGUGAGUAUAAGCGCACAGCCCUCUGAUGGCGAGUAUGGGAAGCGCACCUGAUCACGUGACUGCUACAGUACCACACGUGACUUGAGCAUUCACAUGACCAGCAGAAGACGCUGCAGACAGGAAGAAACAGCGAACACAUUUAUAUUCAUCAGAUGUGAUCAUGUCGUCAUCAGUGGAGAGAACAGAUGAUCUGGUGAGAGAAUAUCUGAUGUAUCGAGGCUUCACCAGCACACUGAAACAUCUCGACUCAGAAAUCAAAGCCGAUAAGGAGAAGGGUUUCCGAGUUGAUAAAAUAAUCGAUCAGCUCCAGCAUUUCAUUCAGAUCUUUGAUCUGGUGGGUUUGCGGGAUUACUGGAGUUAUUUGGACCGCAGACUCUUCUCCAGACUCGAGGAUGUUUAUAGACCCACAGUGAGCAAACUCAGGACCAGUCUGUACCGCUUCUACAUCAUUCACACCGUUCAGAAGAACCCGGAGAAGACGCAGGAGUUUUUCCAGAAGCAGGCUCUGGAGCUGCAGGGUCAGGCCGAGUGGCGCGAUUGGUUCGUGCUGCCGUUCAUCUCCGCCCCCGAACUCAACCCCACCUUCUCUCCGUACUUCUCUCGGCAGUGGGCCGACACCUUCCUGGUGUCUCUGCACAACUUCCUGAGCGUUUUGUUCCAAUGUUCACCUCAGCCUGUCCUGUUGAGCUAUGAUGCUGAGGUUCAGAGAAUCACAUGUGUUCAGGAGGAGAACGAACAGCUCCGUCAGAUGUUGUUUGCUCUGCAGGGAGAGUCCCGAGUGAAGAGAGACGAGGAGAUGAUGGUUCAUCACAAACUGCCCCCUUACGUUCAGCACAUGGACCGACUCGGCGAUACUGAGCUAGAUCUGGUGUCCAGUCAGCGUAAUGUCAACAUGACCACGCCCUCCAGAAACUUCUUCCACACCUUCCUCCCUCAGGCCAGACGGGCACCCGGUAAAACCUCCCCGGCGCCGCAGUCGUCCCCCACGCAGGCGUCUCUGGGGAGGAAAGAUCCUGGUGCUCAAUCUGUGAAAGUGAAAGAUCCUCCCGCUGCUAAAGACUUAAAGAUGCCCACCGUUACCACGGUGACGGCAGAGUCGGCCACAGGUCAUUCCAGACCAAGGCGACAUCACGACCACGAGAAGCAACGAAAAGAGCUGUUCUCCAAACUCCCAACACAGAGUUCAGAGAAGAGAGCCGACGGUGCAGAUCCAGACGCUCAGACCGACGCUCUCACUGAUCAGACAGACUCCGCCAAUCAGAUGCAAGGAUGUGAGGUGGGCGGAGUAGGGGCGGAGCAGCCCUUCAUUAAACUGAGUCAGGAGGAGUAUGGAGAACAUCACUCAUCCAUAAUGCACUGCAGGGUGGACUGCUCGGGCCGGCGUGUGGCCAGUUUGGAUGUAGACGGCGUGGUGAAGGUUUGGGCCUUCAAUCCCAUCAUGCAAACCAAAGCCACCAUCAUGUCUAAAUCUCCACUGCUGUCUCUGGAGUGGGCUGCUAAACCGGACAGACUGCUGUUGCUAGGCAGCGGCGUCGGCACGGUGAGACUUUAUGACACGGAUGCGAAGAAGAGCCUGUAUGAGAUGUCUGUGGACGACGCCCAUCCGCGGAUCCUGUCAUUGGCCUGCAGUCCCAAUGGAACAUCAUUCGUGUGUUCCGCCGCCGCUCCGUCUCAUCCCACUGCCGUGACUGAGAGUGACACGCGAGUCUCUGCCUCUGUUUCAGGUCAACUGCUGCUGUGGGACACAAAGACGGUCAAACAGCAGCUGCAGUUUGCGUUGGAGCCUUGUCCGGUGGCCAUCAACUGCACUGCCUUCAAUCACAACGGAAACCUGCUGGUCACCGGAGCAGCCGACGGGAUGAUACGACUAUUCGACAUGCAGCGUUACGAGAGCGCGCUGAGCUGGAACGCACACGAUGGAGAAGUUUACAGCGUUGAGUUCAGCUCUGAUGAGAACACAGUCUUCAGCAUCGGAGAGGAUGGAAAGUUUGUUCAGUGGAACAUUCACCGCUGCGGAGUGAAACAGUCGGAGUAUUCCCUAUCCCAGGAUGCAGUGGGGCCGUUCGUGCUGUCGGGUUACAGCGGAUAUAAACAGGUUCAAGUUCCGCGCGGGCGACUCUUCGCUUUUGACUCUGAAGGACAGCAUGUUCUCACCUGCUCGAGCGCUGGAGGAAUCAUCUACCGGCUGAGUCAAUCAGAUGUUGGACUGGAAAGUGUUUUGUCUCUCGGGGGUCAUAAAGCGCCGGUGGUGACGGUGGACUGGUGCACGGCGAUGGACUGCGGCACGUGUCUCACCGCGUCUAUGGACGGCAAGAUUAAAGUCAACACGCUGCUGGCUCAGAAGCCCUGAUCUCAGAACACUAUAAUCCAGCCAAUCAUCACACAGCACACAGUCAGGUGACCAGUAGAUUCAGAGGAAUCUAAAAACCAAGAACAUUUCGGAGAUCUUACUGUGAUCAGUUGAAUAUUAAUGUUGUUGAAAAGAUUGUCAUGUUUUCUGAUGGAGAAACGUUACAUUUAAAAGAACAAAUGGAUGCACAGCUGCUUUCAAUUAGGUCUGUUAAAAAAGUGCUAUUUCUCAAAUAUAUUUCAUUUCACGUUUCAUUCUGGACAGAAAUAUUCUACUCACGGAAUAUGAAACCAUAAAAUGCAACGUAAAGAGGUAUUAAAAUGAUGUUUAUCCAAAAUCGAUGUCCUAUCGUAUAUUAAAAGAAUCUUCAGGAUUUCAUCACAGUCAGUAUUUUAUUCACAUUUAGAAUUGAAAGAAUCAUUAAAUGAAAUUUAUUUGCGUGUCGAGUCACAAAUACAUUUCAGUUGUGGCUGUUCUUAAGGCCAAACAAUCA